AUGAAAUGUUUUCCGGGUGCCAGCAUACAACAUAUAAACUAUUAUUCAACCCCAACACUAGAGGAGGAACAACCAGACAUUGUUAUCAUUCAUGGCGGUAUCAAUAAUUUGCUGUCGAAAAAUCUAAGUGCAGCAUCUAAUGUCGAAAUAGUGAACGGAUUAAUUAAAAUUGCAGAAAAAUGUACAAACUCUGGUGUGGAAAAGGUUUUUAUAUCCAGCUUGAUAACGUGUUCACGAGUUGACGAAAGUCGAAUCGAUGAAAUUAACCGAUUGUUAAAGGAAAGAUGCGAGGCUUUAGAUGUUACUUUUAUUAAUAAUGACAACAUAAAAAGCUCUUCAUUAUGGAAAGAUGGAAUCCACCUUACAGACGAUGUCUUGGGUAUAGGUCCUUGCACUCAGACACCACAAGAGGCACAAGUUUUUUCAGAUUCAAGUGAAACACAAAAUAGCCCUUUGUUAUUACAAAAUGAAAUUGAUGAUCUUAACCAAACACAUAAUUCAAAUUCCGAACCUGAUAGCCCGCUCGAUAGUAUCUGUAAACUUAGAGUUGCUAAUCCCGAUAAUCCUCUUUUAGGUUACUUAAAUAUAAACAGUCUGAGAAAUAAAAUUGUCGACGUCAGAGAGAUCAUGUCUAAAUUUUCUCCUGACUAUUUCGUACUUGCAGAAACUAAACUGGAUGAAUCUUUUCCAACUGCUCAAUUUAAUAUUGACGGAUAUGAAAUUAGAACCCGAAAGGACAGAAACAUACAUGGAGGAGGUUUAAUUGAGUAUGUUGGGAAAGGGGUCAUUUGUAAACAGUUACACAAUAUUGGAAUUGUAGAGAAUGAAAUUAUCUGUUCUGAAAUUACUAUUAGAAAUAAAAAAUGGAUUAUAAUUAGUAGUUAUCGGCCACCUUCAUAUUUGAACCUAACACAAUUUUUCUAUGAAUUGGAAAAAAUUCUAAACAAUGCUCUUUCUAAAUGUGACAAUAUUAUUGUUCUGGGUGAUAUUAAUAUAGAUUUUUAUAAUCCAAGUGAUAGUGGCUAUGGGCAGAUGCAGUCACUUUGUUAUAUUUUCAAUCUCAAAAACCUCAUUAAAGAUAAAACAUGCUUUGCAGGAACAGAAGGCUCUUCAAUUGAUGUCUUAUUGACAAACAGAUAUAGGUCUUUUCAAAAUAGUUCAGCGUUUGAAACAGGGUUAAGUGACCAUCACCUAAUGAUAACUACAUUUUUAAAAAUGCAUCUAGCCCGUUUACAGCCUAAGAAAAUAUUCUAUAGAAACUAUAAAAAUUUCGAUGAAAAGACGUUUUUGGCUGAUGUAAAAGCUGCUAACUUUUGUUGUGACACUGCCGAUCCUGAUUUGAACUAUGAAAAUCUUCAAGUAAUUUUUAGAAAUAUAGUAGAUAAACAUGCUCCUUUGAAACAGAAAACAUUGCGUGGAAACGAUGCUCCCUUCAUGAAUAAAGAAUUAAGAAAGGCUAUAUACUCUAGGUCAAGGUUUAAAAAUAAAUAUAACAAUGAUAAAACUGAGGAAAACAAUGCCAAUUAUAAAAGACAAAGAAACAAAUGCGUAAAAUUACGAAAUAUAGCUGUUAAGGAAUAUUUUAAAAAAAUAACCCAGGCCGGAGCAGUCGAAAAUAAAAAUUUUUGGAAAGUUAUGAAACCUUUUGUAACCAAUAAAAAUUGCUUAAGUAAUGCAAAUAUUACGAUAAUCCAAAACGAUAAUUUGAUUACAGAUGAAAAUGAAGUGGCAACAACAUUGAAUAGCCACUUCAUAAAUAUUGUUGAAAAUAGCAGUGGUGAUGAAGAAAUCAAAAAAGUAUUUAAAGAAAUAAACACUAAAGCGUCUGCAGGCGAAGAUAAGAUACCGCCAAAACUUGCAAAACUAGCUAUUUUACGAAAUAAUAAUCAAAGAGCAAAUAAUGUCUUUCAUGGAAAAAAACUUUCUGUGUACUUAUCUGCUUACAGGAAAAACUAUAGCACCAAUCACGUAUUGAUACGCCUAUUAGAGGAUUGGAAAAAAAAACUGGAUCUGAAUUAUGUGGUUGGUUCAAUAUUAAUGGACUUAUCAAAAGCUUUUGACUGUGUCCCCCACGAUCUACUUAUAGCCAAACUUCAUGCUUACGGUUUUGAUGUAAAAUCACUUGAGUAUAUUCUAUCGUAUCUUACAAACAGAGAACAAUCCACACGAGUAAAUGCGGAGUAUAGUAUAUUUGAAUUAAUUUUGUCAGACGACAAUACGAUAUCAGCUUAUUCAAACACUAUUAAAAAUCUCAUUAAGACUUUAGAAAGGGAAUCCGAAAUUGCCCUUUCUUGGUUAAAUAAUAACAAAAUGAUAGCAAAUCCAAACAAAUUUCAUUCGAUCCUUCUAUCAAGAGCCAAAAUUGAUAACUCGAAGCUUGAAAUAAACAUUGGCGAUAGAGUCAUACAAUCAGAAAGGUCCGUAAAACUUUUAGGAGUAACAAUUGAUGAUAAAUUAAAUUUCAACUUGCACAUUAGUAAUCUUUGUCGAAAAGCCUCAGCCCAGCUGAAUGCAUUAUUUAGAUUUAAAAAUAAAUAUUUAGAAAUAUCUGCCUGUCAGGGAUCUUUGGUGAAUAACCAUGGCGGUGUAUGGAUUUGCUCCGCAUGUGCUGCAAUAUACCCCAAAAUUUCAUGA